AUGGAGCUAGCGCUGGCAGAAAUAGAAUCCCUGGAGCCUGGAGAACAGUUUAGCUAUGCUCAGAAUGCGAAAAAGUUUGGUGUAAGCCGCUCAACGUUGUCCAGAAGGCAUCGAGGUGUCCAAGGCUCAAAAAAGCAGCAAUACGAAAACAUGCAGUUUCUCAACCCCCAACAGACAAAGGAGCUUAUAAACUACAUCAAUAAGCAGGCGAAGAAAGGAUUAUUCUCUUCUAAUGAGAUGGUCAAAAACUUUGCCGAGGAAAUUGCUGGAAAAAAGGCAGGAAAGAACUGGGUUUCACGCUGGCUAAAGAAGCAUGAUGACAAGCUUGUGAGUGCCUACACAACUGGCAUUGAUUCAUCACGCAAGAAGGCUGAUUCUGCCUUUAAAUAUUCGCUAUAUUUUGAUUCUCUGAAGCAGAAGAUGGAGGAAUAUGAUAUCCAGCCAGAGGAUACCUACAACAUGGAUGAGAAGGGUUUCCUAAUUAGGAUUCUCUCCAAGUGCAAAAGAAUCUUCUCUAAGGAGUCCUAUAUUGCUGAGGGAUCCAAGCAGCGUCUCCAGGAUGGAAAUCAUGAAUAG